AGCAGCAGCAAUAACAACGCUAGCCUAGAGGCUCUCCUGGUGUUCGGGAGCAGUUCGCUAAGUCAGUUGGCUCCUCCCGCAUGAACGUGGAGGCCGCAGCACCCACUGCUGCGCUCCCCAUGAGAAGAGAGUUGCUUUAAGCAGCAGCAGCAGCAGCAGCAGCACGGCCCUCUAAGCAGCCGUCGGAACAAAGAAACACGCAUUCUUCAAAAGGCACUUCAGUCAACAUAGCAGCCAACACUCUAAGAGAAUUGGAGCGUUUAUUAGAAAAAAAGCGAAGAAAAUACGUUGAAAAAGUAAAAAUACUUAGAGCGUGCUCUAGUUAUUGGGUUUUUGACGAAACGGUAAAUGCCAGGCGGCAGCGGUAAACGCCGAAAGCAGCAGAAAAGAUGCGACAGCGGAUGAAAUGAACGAGUUGCGCAUUGCGCGGUGUUAAUUAGAAGCAGAAACAGAAUUGUGCGGAGGACUGCCUGACAAAACGGCCAAGGAGUUUUUAAUAAUCAGUUUGUAUCGUAUGCCCAAACAUAGCAGUUGUCACUUUUCAACGCAGCAACUAAUCGUUUUCAACGGAUCCGUCGAGAACGUCAAGAAACAAAAACCGCGGUAAAGGCAGUAGCUAGCGAUUGCCAAAGGCAGACCUGCAACGAUAAUAUCUUAGAGAACUAAAAUUGUAGUAGAUGUGAAAUGAUAACCAUGUUGAUGAUUAUCAUUAGAAGGACAUCGAUAUAAAGACAGGUGUUCUGUGCGAGAAACGUUUGCAUUAUAAACGGCACAUCGUAACUAUACGUGAUUUAACUGAGAAGUACAUUACGUUUCAAUAACAGACGAACAAGGUUGUUUCAGAGUAGUCUUCGCGAACUCGAAAAUACAAUGGCGGAUUCGGUUAAUUAGUUGACAAGAUAGACGUCAGCUGUACAUUGCUGCUAUACGGCAGCAUAAAUUUUAAUUGAUAAUCAGCUGCAUUUAAGAUAUAACGGCGUUAGUGACUACACCGCUUGGCCAUUCAAAUCUAUUAAAAGCCGGCCAAGUGUCUACUCACCAAAGGCAAACCUACUGCUGCUGCUCUAAUUUUAUGCUACAUCCAUCCGAGUUAUGUUCAUGGAAACGAAACGUUGAUGAGCGUCACGGAUCAAGGUGAGGUCAAGCAUUGAGAGUUCUGCGAUAAAGGUAUGUUGUAGGCUUGUUGAGUUUGAUAUUUCCACGCUAUCGGCCAAUGGGACAGUAAUUCUGAGCAUGAUCUCGCAUCUUCUUGUUUGUGGUUACAUUUGUGUGUGAAGUUAGUGCUUACGUCACACAUCGUUUCGCUCCUCCUCGUUGGAAGAUAAUUUAUUUGAAGUGUACAGUGCAAAAUAUAACCUUGGUGUCGGAGAAUGGCGCGUUGGGAAAUACGGCAUGUGAUCCGCCUGAGAAAACGCUAUAGAGGCUGCUGACUGUGACUAAUUAUUCGACAGCUACCAUUUACUGUGCCAGCACUUUGUGUCUAUAGUUUUAAUAAUACUAGAUAAUCUAAUUAAUGUGAUACUGGACUGCGUCAGUUGCACAGCUACCAGUUGUGCAACUUGCUUCCUGCGUACUGCAGGGUCCAGGACUCUAACGACAGGCAGGAAGACGGAAACGGACAGACAGUGUGAAAAGGAAGCAGGGCUGCAGCUCCCCGGUGCGCGAGGGUGAAAAUAGGCGAACAUUUAACCGUAUCGGCGGCUCCGUUAGGGAGUGACGAAAAACAAAUUUUGUGUACAUGUGAUUUAACUGCUGCCGUUUGGAGAGAGGUGUAAAGCAGCGUAAUUUUUAGACAUUGAGUGUUAUACAACUGGAAAUAGAGAAACAAAGGACAUAGUUGUUGUAUCCAUCUUUGACAGUCGUUCGGUCAAGGAGAUCCUGAAGAGCUCUCAGUUCAUAGUUCUGUAAAACCUGACCGACAAAGUCAAGGAAUAUACUAUAAUGAACAUAGAUGGAUUUUUUCUACAUACGAAACAAACGCGAUAGUGAUCAUUGUUCGAGUUUGUGUGCUUCCUUGGAUUGUGCUUUCGGGUUGUACAUAUCCUUUACUUGAAUAUUUUCAUAGACGUGCAUCUAAUGAAUAAUCAAUCUCACAAUACAGCAACCUUUUUCCAGCACGAUCUGUCUGUGCAAAUGCCGUCACGAUGCUGUUGUCUACGUGCGGCUGCAGUACGUGAACGUGCAUAGUGGUAUCGAGGUACUGCAAAUCAGGAGUAGGCUUACAACAACUCAUUUCGUCUUUGAUGCUGCAAACAUUCGUAACGCGUUUUUUGCACAUAAAGACGGGGAUUGUGACGACGGCAACAGCAAAAGUUAACAACCAUUCAGCAAAACUACAGACAAGAAAGUUACAGGCCGACCAUUACCUUACGUCAUGGCUGACCAUCAGUAUUGCACUCGUAUCUGUACUUUAUCAUCAGUUUGUAACUGCACGAUGGAGUCAACAGUUACAAUUCAAAGGGGAUUGGACAUUAUCGACUACGCGCUGCUCUCUGCCCCGGCCACUGUGCGACUGGUUCGUCUCGCCAGUGAAAGCUGCCGCAGAGUUACUUCCGUGUUACCGACUACCAAGGCAACCUCUAUAGUAACCUUGAACGCUCUCGCUGUGGGGGAAACGUAUUGAUGUUGAAAACGGUGAAGGCGAAAAAGCAAAAACGAAGACCGAAAGAACUACAGCACACGUAUCCAGGAACAACAUUUACCACCUAUUAGCAAAUCGAUAUAGCCGUGAGUUUCCAUUGUUCUCGUGGCAGCAUAAUGCACCUCUAUAAAUAAGUGCAAAUUUGAAAUCAACGAAAGCUAGUAUAAUAUAAUAAAGAAAACGUCUGAGAUGCAAGCAGCAAUGUUGUCUUCACUAAGUAAAAAUGGUAGCUGUCUGGAGUUGGCUUUGGUGACGGCGAACGUCGGGUCAAUCUUCGAAAAUCCCGCCGACUUGUUCGAGAUAUGGAUCUCAUGUUUUGCAGCGAAGGUGGUGUCGCCACGACCUCCCGCUUUGUUGGCAGUUCACUUGCAAGAAGUGGGAGGCAAGCGGUUUCACAGUUCGAUGUGUCAUGCUCAAGCCUUCGUCCACAAGCUCGCUGCAGCUCUUCAACCUUAUGGACUCACUAAACACAUCGCCUUCAUCGAUGAUGAAAAUGACAGCACCAAAUUUACCGCGUUGGGUAGCAUUUAUUUUGUGCACAGCUCAGUCUCUUCCAAGGUGCGGGUGUGGAACUUCAAAAGCGGCAGCUUCGACCCGUUGGAUCAACAUAGUCGUGUCUAUUUUCAAGAGGAUCUUGAACCCGUGGCCACAGUACACAAGCAUAAGUUCUCACCAGAUAUGACACCAAUGCAACGGUCAUCGCGCAAGGGCUUCCUUCGUACGCGGUGGCAACUGGCGGAGAAUCUCAUACCCAUCGAACUCAUGAACGUUCACCUCUUCCACGACGAAUCGAACUUCGUUGCGAUGCAACAGUUCCCGUCACUGUACAGCGAAGGACGUCGAAGAGCGUUACGGUUCGCCUUGGAAAGAAUAGGGACGGAUCUGGAUGAUAAUGAGCCACGUAGCAGCAAGCAAUGUUUGCCUCACGCGUUCUUCAUUUUUGGGGACUUCAAUUUUCGGCUGGACACGGGAGCAGUGGUGUCCUGGUUGAGUGAGGGCGCCGAGCUGCACGAGACAAAAGACGAAACUGGAAAGUUGACACGGCAAGAAUUCCAUCAAAGAACCAUUUCAACGACUAUAUCAACGGUAACUACUUUAACGAAAACAACUGCUUCACAUGACGAUGCACCUACUAGCGAAGAGUCAGCCGGAACGCAUCAGGGUGAACGGGCCGUAUCGGCCGUAUUAGCUGCCCAAACAGAGAGUGGCUCUUAUAAGCAAAAAUUAGAGGGCAAAGAUAGUAAACGUGCCGGGAAAAUGGCAGUCAACGAUAGAAGGACAACGUUUUGCGAUGCUGGCGGUGAAGGCACUCACAACAGGAGCGAGCCACGUCAAGUCGCACAAAAACAAUAUAAAGCCAGUGAUGAAGUUUAUCAUUGCUCUUCAUCAGAACAAUAUCAGCUCCAGGGUGUGCCAGGAAGUAGCGUUACUGAGAAGCACAAAAGUGAACAAAAGGGAGCCAUACAGGGCCAUCAAGGGGUGGGCAGUGCUUUCUCUACAACUUCAGAAGUAAGCACCAUGUCAGCGGCUCCAGGACGUAAGUCUGAAGGCGGCUGUUGCCCUCGUCGCGUGUUAACGCUCGAAAAGAAGUUGUUCGAAUUACAUGAAGAUCGAGCGAAGACACGAUUUACCUCUGAUCUCAACAGAAAUAAGUUACUCUCACAUGACAAAGAACCAGAGUUCUUCAAGGAAGAGUUGGACGAGUUUACAAUACAGUUUCCACCAACGUAUCCUUACACGGAAUCAGCGGAUGAUGGUCACUCGUUCAUGGGCACACGUUGCCCAUCAUGGUGUGACCGUGUUCUAUUCGGACUGAAGACAAGGAAUGCUCUUUGUUUGCGCCUCAUCGAAUAUGAUGUCGUUGGAAAGGAACAUUGCAUGGGUGAUCAUAAGCCAGUGCUGCUGCGGGUGAGAAUCGGUAAUAACGAUGCGCUUAGUGAAAACUACGCCGAUAGCGGUCAGCAACAGCAAGGUAUCUUCAGAGAGCAGCAAGGCCGCUCACAAAACAAAGAAACAGACGCGUUAGCAAAGGAGGACGUCAUGCAGACAUCGAUGGAGACAAAGGCUAACGGUAAGAGGCCGCCCAAGCGAAACAGCCGACAGGGAAAGGGCCGUCAGGACGAGGCAGGCGCUCGUGAGGAGCAGGACUCGACCGAAACUGAACAGAUGGAUUCUGAGGAAACUGAACCAAAGGGCUUACGGACGGGUAGGGGGAGGACGACGAAGUGUUGUCCUCAGCUAAAGAAAUGCUCAGUCCUAUAGCAAGCAGGAAACAACUAAUGUUAGCCCGAAGAGCAGACGCGUACGUUCAUAAUGUCCCAGAACAGUGUCAUGUGCCAGAUCUUAAACUCAGUCGAACCCAGUAGUACACAUAUCUUAGCAUCAUCAACGGAAUAAUUUAAGUAACUUAUCGAUUACUCUUCCGUCAAAGCUGGUGGAACACUAAAUGGAUCAUUUAUGUUGAUGAUACUCUUCUUUCGAGUAUGCUCGUGGUAAUGAUUUGGUUGACCGCGUAUCGUCAUCCUGAAAAAUCAUUUUUACAAUCUGCUAGUCACCUAGUUCGCGUAAAUUGGCUACGCCAUCGGCGAGCAAAUUCUUGCCGGAUGGCAAAAAGAAAAACCAAGUUCAAGAAUUAUACUGAAAUAGAAAUUCCGGAAUGAACAGCACUCUCAUCGGUGGAAUAAAAGCAGGUCAUUCACAUAUGCUGGUGCUGGUAAAGAUUGCAUCCUAUCGACCGUUUCUCUCACCAUUAACCUAUAAUCUAAUGCACCGGUCGGCAUUUACCGUUUCGUGCCCCUUUCACCAAGAGAAUUACAUUUGCAAUGCGUCUCCGUACGUGUGCGCCCACGUUUUCAACACGAACUAUCCAAAGCUUGUUGUUUUAUUCCGUCUUUUGCUACACCCGCUUCUUCUGCUGUCUUCGAGUAAUCUGUAUGUGCCGGCAUAAAGUCUGCUAUCACCGCAACCAUCAGUACCUUAUUCGCAUCAUCGCCUGCCACUGUCAAGUGUCCACAAUAGCUGAUUAAGCCUGAUUCAUUGGCAAACGUAUGUUGUGCUUUUGUCGCUGAGCAGCAAGCGUCAACACAGCUCUCGAUUCGAAGUUAUGCACACAAUUCGGCCUUACUUCAAUUUUUCGCUCUCUCAUAGUCGCUAUCACCAUUAGCAUCGAGAGAGACGUACGCAAAAGAAGCUCUUCACGAAGCUCUCGUUUCUGAUGUGUAGCCGACGUGGUUUGUCUAUUUGAUUUUUGGCGCACCUGUGAUGAAUCGAUCCAUUGCGGUCACAGCGGGAAUGUGCUUUACGACAUAGCAAAGCUGCCGAAGUAGACUGCGGUUACAGUAGUUUAUAUGUGAGAAUUCGCGCGUGGAAUCGCGGUACUAUUCCAAUAGCUGCCACGUCGUGUAUGUAAUUCGCGUGGCGUAUGUGGACUAACCGCUUCCAGGUGUCUUCAAGAAUUGAUCAUCAUCGACGAUAUGCUGAACAUCAGCGGGUUGCUAAGCUGCGUCCAGUGAAUCAUCAGCACUAAUGGCAAUCAUCUAGUAAAAGUAGUACUCAUCAUACCCGCAAGAGCCAUAUAGCGGCGAUGUUGCCGACAUCUGUUUCCAAGGGGAAAUAUGUUUAUUCAAAUGGAAGAUAAUGAUAUAGUGCCAUACGAGGCAGUCACUGCCGUCAUAUCGGAGCCCUUUGAGACAGAUAGUCGCUCAUGAUCACCAUCGAGUAAGCGAAUAAUAAAUCAGAUAUUCGGUGUCAUCCUGUCUAGUCAUGGAAAGGAGCAAACCAAGAAUCACGCAGAUGGCAUCUACUCUACAUCAGCGGGAGAGGGAGAUUGAAGCUUCGGAGAAUGGAGAGAACGAUGCAUGAAGUAGCCAUUAUACAUCGUUCAUAGGCAAUACAUAUCUCACUACAGCUGACGGAAAUAAGCACGAAGAUGUUAGGACGUUGAUAAGUAAACGUGACAGAGAACAGCAUUUGUUGGAAAGUCGGCCUUAUCACUAGCGAGCAGAAACUUUCAUUCGAUGCGUCCCAAGCAUUUACAUCACAAUGAGCGCAGACAGCAUUGUUAGGUAUUGCAUUAGAUUACUAUAUAUACGUGCGAAUCUUAAUGUUCGCGCAUCUGUACAUGCAUUAGGAAAUAUAAUAGGGAAAGUUGACCUGGUUAGAAAAAUGAGUAGUUGAGACGGUUGUACAGGCCCGGCGACACACGCUGGUCUUUCGGUGUUCAUAAGCGUUAUACUGCUAACUUAGCAUUGUGGACAACGCGGUAGCAAUUAGCAAUAACUAUUCGACCACAGGCGAUAACAAUAAUAGAACUAGUUCCCUUUCGCACCUAAUUAAUAUAGCAUAGACGUCUGUGGAUCAGCCGCGAAUGCCUCGGAGUGUCGCUCAGAUCUAACACCAUUAUCCAGAAGGGGCAGAAAAAUAUUCCGGGACACAGAUCCGCGGUAAGCAGGUCCAGUGUAAUGAAAUUAACCCCAAACUAUGCAACAAUGUUUUAUGUUGCAAUAGAUCUUCUCUAACCGAUUAUUCACUUCAUAUUUUAAUUUAUUUGUAUUAAAAAUAAUGCAAUCUUCUUCUGUAACAUCCCACAACUCUACAUUCUACUGUGAGCGAUACCUUAAGUAUACGUCGCAAACGAUAGCAAUCGAAAUUCGUAUUUUGAACAGCUGCUACGAACAGGGCAGAUGUAACCUGAAAACAUUACUGUCCUACCCUGCCCAGAGACACGGGUCGUACUAUUUCACAUUACGCACCAUAUUGGUUUUUUUGCCAUAAUUAAGGCCGCCUGUUGCUUGUUGAUCCUUUCAUUUGUGGAAAAUCUGUUAUACAUGAGCUCGAGUGACUCGUACGUCUGAAAGUUGAAGUAAGCUGUCACCUCGCUUAUCUCGUCACGGUCUAACCAACAUCAUUUCGCUUACCAUGUUCACAUGUGAUUAGAAUUAGUAAACGUAUGUUUACGUUUCCGCAGAUCUUUGUAAAUAAUCAUAACAAGUUAAGCUACUUUUCUACUAUCAAGUAGCAAUUUCAUAGGAAUAAUUAAUUACAGUUUGAAUGGGGGCAGCGAAGUUGCUGGUAAACUCCUUCGUCGACUAACGUUUGUCAGAGAAGCCGGUCCACAGACUUUCUAUCUCCAUUCUCCAGAAUGAUCAUUGACUGCUUGACAUUACCUGCUAUGCAUGAACGUGAGUACGCCGAUAGCUAAGUUAGGGUCGCUUAAAUGGAUGUUACUAUCACAGGGCUAUCACACAGCGCAUGCAGGACGUAUGGCAACGACACAACUAUCGAUCACCAUGUCAUACCGGUUACGUCAGAUAUAUCGCUAAACGCUUUUCAAAAUUCUCUUCGAACUAUUUUAAAUUGAAUAAAAUUGCCCGCGCAUCAACGAAGCUAUUUCCGGUCGCUCAAAGCCAGCCAUGUCAAAGCUCGUUGAAGCUCAGAAGUUCUAUUAUAACAAGGUUCAUAUUUAUGAUUUAACUGUAGCUUCUAUUGCUUUCGCUGUAGCACAUAAGGACGCUCCAGGCGGCAUCUAUCUGUGUCGAAAGAGCAGAGCAAGAUGAUUCCUUAGGGCUCUUUUUUUAUAUUGCAGUAGAAACCGCUCACCGAAUCGUUGUAUACAGUAGGUAAUAACUGCAGUGAUCGUUAAAGUAUUGAUAUAGGAUCUGUUCAAUUGCGUACGAGCUUUGCUCGUACGUACGCAUAAAAACAAGGAGAGAGAAGAAUAAAGUCGAUCAAUAGAUGUAUAAACGUUCGAAGAGAAUAUAUAUAUAUAUACUACAUGACAGCGUUGCUUGAAAUGAUAGUAUAGAGGAAUUGUGAUACCAGUGUAAGGUAUAAACUGCUUUCUAUACAUAGAAGCGGAUCCACAGGGCGUAUUAACUAGCGUACCACAACUAUUACUGUUAUAACUAUGCUAUCAGUGGCAAUACAUUGCUAUUAUAGUAUAGUAUAGUAUAGUAGGAGCGGUUAGACAAUCUUCUCUCUCUCUCUCUCUCUCUCUCUCUC